AUGAAAUAAGUACCAUCUACAAGCGAUUACUCUAUUUUGAGAAAAGUUCAAAUCCUUCAUACUCAUACACAACCAAAGGAAUCCAAUAUCACACUAGGUAGAACUACUAGUUAUGAGUCUACUCAAUUCUGCAAAAGUUUCGACAUUAUGGCAUUUAGAAGAGCUUCCACAAAAGAAGAUAUCAAUAAUACUCUAUAAGGAAAGAACUCAAUAAGUAAUUAAGAAACACUUGCAAUCAGUAAUCUAAAUUUCAUUAAGUACUCUAAAAUGCAUUUUACAUAUUAGUCCUUCUUCUUAUAUUGAAAUGGAUCCAUUAUAAACCAAGGUAUGGAAAUCCUUAUAGAAAUAAUCUCUGGUAUUAUAUUUGAAUAUUAUCAAGCAAAAAGUGUAUUCAAUUGACAUAAUUGUAUUACAAAAUCAAAAUGAAUAUGAAUUCAAAUUUGACAUUAGCAAACUUUCUUGCUUUCUCUUAGUAAGAGAGUUAUCUAACUUAAUUUCUUAAGCCUUUUAGGAUAGAAUUAAUAAUUAACCUCGUUAAAAAAUGAAUUUUCUUUUUCCUUUUUUGUCUAUCUUAGUGGGAAGAGUGAAAACUCAGAAACUCGAUGGCAAUAUGAGACUAUUUGAAUUAGUCAAUAUAUUAUUGAAUGGCCAAAAGACUCUUAUUUUAUAAGAAUCUAAUUAGCAAUUUUGA